AUGUUAGAAGACUAUGAAAAUGAGAAAACAAAUGAUGACGUGAAGAAAAGAAAACUGGAAAAGAGUGAUGCAAUGUUGAGAGAUGAUGAAAUUGGAGAAACGUCAGGGAGCAAUAAAAUGAGAAAGACUGAUGCAAUUAUAGAGGAUGAAAGUGGUGAGGCAUCAAAGAAAAGAAAGAAUAAAAAAGACAUGAAAAAACGAAACAAGAAGUAG